AUGGAGGAGGAGGAGGAGGAGGAGGAGGAGGAGAGGGGGGGUGAGCAGGUGUCCAGUGCCGACAUCUCUAGGGUCUCCAGCCAGGCUGUCCUGUUGCCUGGGCUCAGGGACGACAGAGGGGGUUGUGGUGGAGGGCUGGUAAACCCCGCCUUCUGCACUGACGCCGACCAAUCAGGAACGUUGCGGUACAUCCGGCACGGCCAAUGGGGCCGGACCAGGACCAAUUGUCCUCGCGGGGCGUGGCGCUGCAGGGACCGCCCCUACGACCACUGCCGCUCGCUGUCCGCUAGCGUCGAGAACAUGGCGCUCUCUGGCGCCCCCCUCAGCCCGCUGCGGGGCUCCUUCCCUGCCCUCAACGGACCAAUGAACAGCGACAGCCUCCCUGGGAGGAGGAGUCAUAAAGAUGACACGCCCCUCGGCCUCAGCGAGAGCAGAGAGUGGUCCCAGUCCUCCGACCUGUGUGGAGCCCCGGGCAGCAGAUGCAGGACCCUGCAGAAGAAGACCGUCAAGAUCCAGGAGGACGACGACAACGCCGUGGACAUGCAGGCGCACCUCUCACCCACGUCCCUGAGGAGGAAGAGGAGGAGGCAGGGGGAAACGCCAUGCUGGUCGGCCUCGACCAGCCUCAGCCAACUCAAUUUCGAGCCCAUGGAUUUGCUGCAUAAAUUAUCCUCUCCACUCCAGAGCUCCAGGAGUCCCAGUCACUCCGUGUGGAACAGUUGGGCGAAGACUCAAAGCCGCCGCUCCUCACUACAGAGUUGGAUGGGCGCUGAUGCCAAGACCUUCCAGUCCAGCGAGGACUUGGAUCCACACUACUCAGCUAUGGAGAGAAACAAUUUGAUGAGACUGGCUCACACCAUCCCCUUCACCCCGGUCUCCUUCCUGGCGGGGGAGGAGGUGAGCAUAUACUCCCUGGAGGAGGCGAGGACGGAGGCGGGGAGCGUCCCCUUCUGGUCGUCCCGGGGACUGUCGGCCGUGCUGCAGCCCCUGUCCUGCGACGACUCCCUGGCGGGGGGCCUGCGCUGGGCCCGGCGCGUGCUGUGCACCUGGGCGGAGGAGCGGGUCCUGAGGCCCGGCCUGGUGUAUGUGGUGAAGGCCUUCAGGCCGGACGUGGUCCGAACCUGGCAGAAACACUUUGGCGCCAACCCCAACUUUCAGCUCUGUCUCAGGGAGAUUCAACAGCAAAGGGCAGCCCAGAAGCUAAUGGAGGUGUUCAACCAGGUCAAACCAGACAACAUGCCGCACUCUCCCAGGUUCCUGGACGUGUCUCUGGUCCACUGCCACUCUGACGGCCAGUGGCUGACCAUCGAGAGGAGCUUGUCGGGAGACUUCCGGAAGUACAACAACAACACGGGUCAGGAGAUCGCCCCCUGCUGCAGCCUGGAGGAAACGCUGCUGGCCUUCUCCCACUGGAGCCACCAGUACUCUGGAGGAGAGAUGCUGGUGCUGGACAUACAGGGUGUGGGCGAGGACCUCACAGACCCAUCCGUCAUCAGAGCUGGAGACAUGAGCAGCAGCUCCUCUGGUGACAUGGUGUUUGGUCCAGCCAACCUGGGAGAUGCGGCCAUCAACAGCUUCCUGCUCAAACACAGCUGUAACACCUGCUGUCACCGCCUGGGCCUCACAGAUCUGAGGAGGAGGAGGAGUGCGGACGACGGCUGGAUGACGCGGCGGGCCUCGGAGGACGAGGACGAAGAGGAAGGGACGGGGGAGGAGGAGCUGUCCAUGCUGCCACGGUGA